AUGGAGCUAGAGGAGAGCGGCAUCCGGGAGGAGUGCGGCGUGUUUGGCUGUAUCUCCUCAGGAGAGUGGCCCACGCAGCUGGAUGUGCCCCAUGUGAUCACCCUGGGACUCGUGGGGCUUCAACACCGGGGUCAGGAGAGUGCUGGGAUUGUAACAAGCGAUGGAUACGGUUUAAUGCCAACAAUCCGAACACACAAGGGAAUGGGACUUGUAAACCACGUGUUUACUGAAGAUAAUUUGAAGAAGUUAUAUGUUUCAAACCUUGGAAUUGGCCACACAAGGUACGCCACCACUGGAAACUGUGAAUUAGAGAAUUGUCAACCCUUUGUUGUUGAAACACUCCAUGGAAAGAUUGCUGUGGCACACAAUGGAGAAUUAAUAAACUCUGUUUAUCUGAGGAGAAAGCUUCUACGGCAUGGUGUUGGAUUGUCAACAGGUUCUGACAGUGAAAUGAUUACUCAGUUGCUGGCCUAUACACCUCCACAUGAAAGAGAUGACAGCCCUGACUGGGUAGCAAGGAUUAAAAAUUUAAUGAAGGAAGCCCCUACAUCAUAUUCAUUACUUAUUAUGCACAGAGAUGUUAUUUAUGCAGUAAGAGAUCCUUAUGGAAAUCGUCCCCUGUGUAUUGGACGUCUUAUUCCUGUAUCUGAUAUAAAUGGAAGAGGAAAAAAUAAUUCUGAAACUGAAGGAUGGGUGGUAUCAUCUGAAUCCUGCAGUUUUUUAUCUAUUGGUGCAGUGUAUUAUCGAGAAAUUUUACCAGGAGAAAUUGUGAAAAUAUCCAGACAUAAUGUUCAGACUCUUGAUACUGUACCGAGGUCUGGAGGAGAUCCAGUGGCUUUCUGUAUCUUUGAAUAUGUUUAUUUUGCAAGACCGGAUAGUAUAUUUGAAGGCCAGAUGGUAUACACAGUUAGACAUCGUUGUGGUCAGCAGUUGGCAAUUGAAGCCCCUGUGGAUGCUGAUUUGGUCAGUACUGUUCCUGAAUCAGCCACGCCAGCAGCACUUGGUUAUGCUGGAAAGUGUGGCCUACCAUAUGUAGAAGUCCUUUGUAAAAAUCGAUAUGUAGGAAGAACCUUCAUUCAGCCAAAUAUGAGAUUAAGACAGCUAGGUGUGGCAAAAAAAUUUGGAGUCCUUUCUGAUAAUUUUAAAGGCAAACGGAUUGUUCUAAUAGAUGAUUCCAUUGUAAGAGGCAAUACCAUCUCACCCAUAAUUAAGUUGCUCAAAGAAUCUGGAGCAAAAGAGGUUCACAUUCGAGUAGCUUCGCCUCCAAUAAGAUUUCCGUGCUAUAUGGGAAUAAAUAUUCCUACAAAAGAAGAGCUUAUUGCCAACAGGCCUGAAUUUGAUGAUCUUGCAAAAUACAUAGGGGCAAACAGUGUUGUAUAUCUGUCCGUGGAAGGUUUAAUUUCAUCUGUUCAAGAAGGGAUGAAAUUGAAGAAACAGAAAAUUGAGAAGCAAGAAAAUAUAAUUCAAGAAAAUGGAAAUGGUCUGAAAUACUUUGAAAAGCACGGUCACUGUACAGCAUGUCUCACAGGAGACUACCCUGUAAAGUUGGAAUGGUGAAUGUGCCAUGGGGUAGUGGGUGGAAAGAGGGGGGUAUGUUUUAUAUGGGAUGUAAAACUGAACUUAAAAAUUUUUUUAUUAAAUUUGCCUUAUGAAUGAUUGACUUACUAAAAGUAGGUCUUAAAGUAUCGGAUCCUGCCACAUGCUUUUGUUUGCCUUUGUAAUUUUGUCAUUUAUUUGUUUUCUUUAUAAGAUAUAAAAACCAAAGUGUUUUUACUUAUUGACUAUCCCAGAUUAAUUAUACUUAAGUAAUAGGAACAUGAGAUUUUCCUUUUAGCUUUAUUAAAUAGCUGAAUAAAAAUUCUUAGGGCAAAGUAAUGGAAUUGUAAACAUUUAUUCCAUAUUAUCCAAUGGUAACUCAGAGGAAAAAAUUCAAUUUUGUGUGCAAGAAGAUUUUAGUUACCAUACUUGCCAAAAAAUUCUUAUAGAAUUUAAAACUACUUUUAUUUAAGGAAUAAUUUCCCUCAUUUUAUUUUAGAAUGUUUUCGUAAUUAAACUUUCUUAAUAGAUUAGUGGCUUAGGAUAGCAGUAUGAAAAGAAGUUCCUUAUCUGCUGUAUUGGUGUAUAUACUGUUUAACAGUUUCACUUGUAUAAGAGGCAGGUGAGUUGAAUAGAUGUCCACAACUUCAAGAAUGACCCUCAAAAGAUUAGAAUGAUGGGGAUUUGUUUUACAAUGGAGCUGUGUGUGUUGUAUGGGAAACACUGAGCUAUAGAUUAUAAUUUGUUUACUCUUAAUAUCCCAAAGGUUUUCCACAACUGAAAAACAAAAUGAUAGUCUAGCCCAGAGGUUCUUAACAUGGGAUCCGUGGAGUUAAAAUAACUAAAUAAAAUUUUUAACUAUGACUUAGUAAGCUUAUGUUUUUUAAUGUUAUUCUCAAGGAAAGGGGUGGGGAAAAGGGAGGGAGGAAAAGAUUAUGGAACUCAAAAUUUGGAAAAAUCGAAUGUUGAA